AUGCCGAGAAGGAUGCGUAAUCCCUACAGUCUUCCCUGUGGGCACACGUUUUGCUUGCAGCCCUGUCUGCAGUCAUGUGCCACUCUCAUGACAGUGUCCUGCUUCCACUGCCAUUCUGCUUUCGACGUGACUUCACCACGUCCCAACCACACCAUUGGGGCGAAGCUCUCUCGACUCGCGAAGCAUCGGAGGCAGAACCACAAGGAGGACCAAGAGCAAGAGGGUAAACUGGAGCGUGUUCAAAAGCAUGAAGAGGGAAUAAUUUUGUACCGUCUGAUGCUGCGCACCAAGAUGAAUGACCUGUCUCGCCACAAGGCGAUGUUGAUGUCGCGACGAACGAAAUCAUCGACGUUGCAGAUGGAGAAGAAGACGAAGGAUGAGAUUAUUGGUGCCUUGGAUGGAGCAGUGCAGCAGAUGGUUGUGGCAGCUGGCAUAGCUCUAGAUGCUACCAGGGCAAGACUGGAGAAGGCGGAUGAGGACGGAUGCAGAAGCAUAGACGAACUCGCACAACGUGUGACAAACCUGUUCACCGAAGUUAGAAGGUCACAAGACGCCUACGCGUGGGUAAAGCAGACCACAACUAGUCAACACUUGAGUGACUUCAAUCUCAUCAUUUCUGAUGGUGUGGUGCCCUCUCCUCGAAUCCUGUCUCGCAGUGAGUGUGGAAGCAAAAGUGGAAGCUCCACCGCCACCACUAACAUCAACACCACCGUAGCGACGUCUCCGAUGCAGCUAUUUGUGGGCUGGCUCCAUCAGAACCACACGGAGGAUCAGUUGCGACAAUAUUUUUCUCAAUACGGUGCCAUUACCAAAUGCUGCAUCUGGCGCAACUCUAGGACGAACAAGUCGAGCUGCUGCGGCUUCCUCACCUACGAGGAGGAGGCAUGCGCCAAUCGCGCGCUGGCCGAUUGCCCGCAUUUCAUUGAUGGUAGCCGAGUAAAGUUGGAGCCAUUCAACUCAAAGAAGACGAUAAAGAAGAGAGGGAAGUCAGUGGUCGCACCCUUACACAAAAACGAAGAGGCCUCCAACGAGGCCAAUGGCAAACAUCAGUUGGUUGUUGAUGGACUUCCGCCUCUCCCGAGAGUGAAUGACAUUCGCAGCCUCUUUGGUCGAUUCGGUGUGGUCAUCGGUGUGAGGGUAGAUGAGACUUUGCACAGAGCCUUUGUGGCCUUCUCCACUGCAAAGGCACUCCAAAUGGCAGUGACAGCAGCUCCUCCCCGCCUCAAGGGUAUGACUCUUCGCGUACUGCUACCCAAGGACCAUAAAAGCAGUGACAAAGAGACUUCUAAUGAUGCCAAAAUCGAACAUCAUCUGGUUGUUGAUGGUCUUUUAACCAUCCCAAAAAAGAAUAGUCAUCGUAGCGCCUUAAGUCGAAUCGGAGAAUUAAGCAAAGUGAAAGAGUAUGAGAAGACAGAUGCAGUGACAGAGCCUCCUUCCCGACUCGCUGACAUUUGCUCCCACGUCUCCUUACCUGGGGAUCAUGAAUACAGCUCCAACACCAAAUUCAGAUGGAAUUGCAACUCUUCCAAAGGCAACGACUUUUCUAUCCGCAACCCUUGCAUUCGCUAUUCGAAUUUGUAUGACUAUUGGACAGAUUCGGAUGCCCAAAGGAAAGACGGGAACAGGCAAGAGUGGGCGCGGGAGGUUGUUUGCUACAAUGAAGGACUGCUCAGAGCCAUCAACACCAAGGGCGUGUGA